CGCUUCCGGCGUCUCGCCGCGGCCUCCGCCGCGACACUUCCGGCGUCGCCGCCGCGGGCUGGCUAUGGAGCAGGACGACCCGGCCGAGGCACUGACGGAGCUGCGCGAGCGGCGGCCGGGCGCGUGGGAGCUGCUGCAGGUGGCGGCGGGCUCGGGCCUGGCCGCCUACGCCGUGUGGGCGCUGCUGCUGCAGCCCGGCUUCCGCAGCGUGCCGCUGCGGCUGCAGGUGCCCUACGUCGGUGCAAGCGCGCGGCAGGUGGAGCACGUGUUGUCGCUGCUGCGAGGCCGUCCUGGAAAGAUGGUGGACCUGGGCUCUGGCGAUGGCAGGAUCGUGCUGGCAGCCCACCGAUGUGGUCUCCGUCCGGCUGUGGGCUACGAGCUGAAUCCCUGGCUGGUGGGGCUGGCGCGGCUGCACGCCUGGAGGGCCGGCUAUGCCGACAGUGUCUGCUACCACCGAGAGGACCUCUGGAAGGUGAACCUGAGGGACUGCCACAAUGUGUCUGUGUUCCUGGCCCCCAGCGUGCUCCCUCUGCUGGAGGACAAGCUGCAGGCGGAGCUGCCCACAGGGGCCCGCGUGGUGUCCGGGCGCUUUCCCCUCCCCACCUGGCAGCCUGUCGCUGUGGUGGGUGAGGGCCUGGACCGCGUCUGGGCCUAUGACAUCCAUCGUGGGGGGCCAGCUGGGCAGGCUGCCUCAGGACCUGGUUCUGCCUCAGUCCCCGGGGUCCCUGGUUCUCAUGUUGGCUGAGCAGUUGGACACAAUAAAGACUCAGUAGGCUGUA